CUGAAUAAGCGCCAAAUUCGAAAGAGAUCUAUUGGCGCGUGACAAACAUAUCGGUGUGUGUUUCUUCGUGCGAGCUUACGUUUUCCCCACAGAAAAGCAGCUGGCUAUUUGAAGUACCGUUAAUCAGCCAUACGGAGAAGUGUGAUGGGUUGUUUUUUUGGGAUUUCCACUAUAGCUUCAUAGAACUAGAAAGAACUGAGAGCCCGAAGCUAUUGCUUUUUAAAGGUAACAUCUCAAAAGCGAGAUAUUGUUGAUGAUGUCAAACCAAACCACGCGAUUAGCUUACUUUUUUAAACCUUUAUUGUGCUCAGCGGUUCUGAUCUUGUUUUCUACCCGUGGAUGGAGUCAAUCAAGCCGCCCGCAACUUGGCUACUUCACCUUUCUCAGGUACAGAAAUCAGGACUGUUUGGGGGCACAAGGUGAAAAUGGUACGUGCAUUACCCAGAACGACUGUGAUAAUCGACAGGGCGUUAACGUUGGUUUUUGCGCCGAUGGCUAUGGUGUUUGUUGCCGAGUGUCGUUUACGUGUAAAAUGACUAACGAAAAAAACGAAACGGAGUUCGUUAAUCCAUCAUAUCCUUCUGGUGACACCGGGACGUCGACCUGCGACGUGACUAUCGAGAAAAACUCCGAUAUCUGUCAGAUUCGCCUCGACUUCAUCGAGUUCUCGUUAGCCCAACCCGAUUACAAGGGCGUCUGCUCGCAUGACGCGUUCAUGGUCCGCAGUACAGUCGGUGAGAAAUUGCCAAUUCUCUGUGGCGAAAAUAGCGGACAACAUAUGUACGUCGAUGUAGGACGUCAGUCUGGAAAUCCCGUCGUGUUGAGCGUCGUUUCAACUGGGUCUUUGACACAUGCACGUAAAUGGCGCAUUAAAGUAUCUAUGAUCCCCUGCGGAAGCCUUGAUAUCGUGCCAGCUGGAUGCGUCCAAUAUUUCCGAUCACCGUCGUCUCUCGUGCGCUCGUUCAACUACGGCCCAGAAACGGACAAGGUUAUUCGUUAUCCUGCCAACACGCGCUACGCAGUUUGCCUUCGUGUGGAGGAGAAUUUUUGCUCAAUCAAAUGGGAGACGGAAACGGCUAUAAUGAGAUAUCCCAGUGGCUUUGAAGGCAAUAGGACUUCGUUCAGUUUCGGCAGGCCUUAUGAAAGUGGGGCAUCUGGAGCAAACUGCGAAGGUGACUUUGUGACUAUUGAACAGGGAUCGACGUACGGUAUGGGACCAGGCGAAGACCGCUUCUGCGGCACCAAGUUACAUGAGAAAAAUGUCCUCAUAUCACACAGUAAGCCAUUUAUAAUGCGUGUUACCUCAAGUUCAGAUCCGUCACUCGGAAGAAAUCCGGCCGCGUUCGCUCAGUCUGGGUUCUCGUUGCGCUAUACCCAGCUUCCCUGUGUUGACUAACCGAAUGACCUAAAAUAAGAAUGCGACUAUGUACUUCAUCAAAAACGUAUUGUUUCAUGCACGGCAUCUAAGUACGGUGACGAUACGGCUAUGGAAGGUCAAUAGUUAAGAAUGAUUUGUCAUAGAUCCAAUUUUAAAUAAUCGCUUUCAUAGCUAUGAUAUUGCUUGUACCAUAGUAUAUAGCAUUUGUCUCUUGUGUAUACUGUCUUUAAUAACUGAAUACCGAAGAGUAACGUAACCUACCUGUGCCUAACUUUUUCAAUCCGUUACGGAAGCAGCAAGCUGCAUUGAACACCGCUACACAAAAUACGUUCGAUUAUCCCUGUUAUUCUAUGUAGUGAGUAGCUUGAUAUCAGGCAUCGUUCAACGCUUACGAUAAAGUCCAUUUUCGGUGCUGGUCUCAUGGUCAUAGCUAGCUAUAGUUACCAAGUAAUACUGUAUUCGAAGAUUUGGCAAUAGCAUUCCUAGGUUGUAUGCCGAAGGUAUCUACACACUAUUUUUCGCAAAAAUUACCAAUACAACAAUGGUACUCCCUUUGUACGAUAUACGUUCGCAAUAAAAAUUAUUAUUUUCAAAUAAU